AUGGCUUCAGUGCUGGACCAUGUGAGACUCUCGCCACAAGUCAUUACCGAUACUGUUUUCCUCCACGAACGAGGUUUCUAUAACACUCUAUACUUCACAUUCUAUUUUGGAUCCUUCAUGGUCGGACCAAGCAUCUCUGGUGUCCUGGCCCUUCACGUGGGCUGGUGUAGCUUCUGGUGGCUUAAUGUUGUAGGCUGUGCGCUUGUAGUGAUUGGAGGCAUCUUCUUCUUCCCAGAAACAAAAUGGCAUCGUUUCCAGCCUACAGAGACCCAAAGCAUAGCCCAGCCUGCCGACAUGAAUCUUGCUACUAAGACUAGUGAUGAGCCAGCAGCAGUGAAAGGAAUGAAUGACAAUUUCAGGACGACAACAGAACACAUUGAUGAGUCUUCCGAUCCGUUCUUGCACAUGGCUCCUACAGAGACCCAAAGCAUAGCCCAGCCUGCCGACAUGAAUCUUGCUACUAAGACUAGUGAUGAGCCAGCAGCAGUGAAAGGAAUGAAUGACAAUUUCAGGACGACAACAGAACACAUUGAUGAGUCUUCCGAUCCGUUCUUGCACAUGGCUCCUACAGAGACCCAAAGCAUAGCCCAGCCUGCCGACAUGAAUCUUGCUACUAAGACUAGUGAUGAGCCAGCAGCAGUGAAAGGAAUGAAUGACAAUUUCAGGACGACAACAGAACACAUUGAUGAGUCUUCCGAUCCGUUCUUGCACAUGGGCUAUCCAUCAAAGAAGCCAGGCCCUGGCUGCCCCCCUUACAAUUGGUCUAGCCAGAGCGUUGGAUUCACCAACUUUGCCCUUCUCGCGGGUAUUAUCAUUGGACUAGCCACAAGUGGGCCUCUGUCUGACUGGAUUUCAAUGCGAGCCACGAAGAAAAACCGUGGAAUUAGAGAGCCGGAAAUGCGUUUGCCAGCUAUGAUAACCUACGUGUUGAUUGCGAAUUUGGGCAACUUUAUCAUCGCGUUUGGGUAUGAGUACGUUUGGGACUGGCGGGUAACUGUCAUUGUCGGCUACACCUGUGCCGGCAUUCAGGUAGCUGCGCUUCCCACCAUUGCGAGCACCUAUACGGUUGACAGCUACAAGUCUGCCGUUGGCUCCAUCUUCGUCGCAAUCACAGUGAACAAGAACCUCUGGGGCUAUGGAUUUAGCCUUUAUCACCCCUUGGACCGAAGCAUCUUGCGAUCUCCCUGCUAUUAUGACGAACAUGUGUCUCACGGUACUUUGGUGUUCCUUCGACUUCCUGUUCUACUUUGCCGGGAAGAAUUAUUUUAG